AUGGUUCGAGUGAACACUCUUGCUCAUCGUGCGCCUGACAGCCCUAGUAGACAGCUUCUGCAGGACUUGACCAGGGAUCUAGAACAGGUCCGCAUACAUGGCGAAGAAUUAAAACUUGUCAAAGCUUACGAGAGCCGGACUUUCUACGAGAAGCUUGAUCAGAUAGAUCGGGAGAGAGAAGAGGUUCACACUACCGCGCUCAAUGCCGCGGCGGCAAAGCGUGACCAGAGAAGGCUACAGGCAGAGGAGACGUUGCGACUCCAUCUGCAGGCUGUAGAGGAAGAACGCAGGCGGAAAGAGGAGGCUGAGAGACGGCGACAGGAGAAAAUCAGGCAAGAAAAGGAGGAGAAAGAGCGAAAGCAGAGAGAAGAGGCUGCCAGGCUCGAAGCAGAGCGAAAAGCAAAGGAAGCAGAGAAAGCUAGACAGGCCGAAGAAGCCGAGAAAGUAAAGAAGGCCGCCGAGGAGGAGAAGGCGCGACUCCAGCGGGAAAAGGCCGAGCAAGAGAAGAAGAAGGCGGACGAUGAAUCGAGACUCAAAGCAGAAGAGGAGGCAAAACGGAAAGCAGCCGAGGCAAAAGAGCAACAAGCGGCGACCAAACAGGCUGCUCUUGGUAUCAAUCAUCGGAACCAGCAGGAAAUCCAAGAGCAUGAACGCUACCUGAAGCUACAUGCUCAUCUGAAGGAGUUCCGGUCCUACAUGAGAGCCCAGACUAAGUCAAACACCCUCCUGAAGCAACAUAUGGGUGACAUGCGCCGAACCAUUCGAAAGUGCGUCGGCCAAUUGGUAGCAGAUGAUAAAAUAGCAAAUCAAAAACCCACCAGGGAAAUCGCGGCGAUUUUGAGAAAGGCGCAGGAACUAGCAGAACCCAGCGUAGAUAUACGACAAUUCAUCGCGUUUCCUCCCCCGAACAUCGCAAAUGCCGAAAACCCACAGGUCCCAGCUCUCUGGGUAUACCUGCUGAACAUCCUCGCAAAAUCCAUCCUCGCGCAGCUUAUGGCCGAAGCAGGCGUGACUACAAAAUGCGCCGAACCACUAGGCGUGCUUACAGCCCAGAUAUUCUCCAUGGAUGCCUUUUGCUACCAGGGCCAAUCCAUGAUCGACAUUCUCCUGGCAAAAUACAGAUUUCUCUGCCCUGUGCUCUGGGGCUUCUACGGAGACCAAUCGACCGACCAAGGAAAAGCAGCGAUUGGCUGGUUCCGAGAAGAGAAAAACGGUCCCUUCAUAAGCGCCCAGCUCCACGAGGAGCGCAUGACAGGCCUCGGAGCCGGAUACGCAGCUAUAGCAUUACGAAACUUUGCUAAAAGUCCGCGCCAAAACCCUUAUCCCAACAGCAAUUUCUGGAAGUCACUUUCGUACAUCGUCAACGUGCCCCCCGCAGAAGUGCAAGAUACGCAUCUUGUCGUGCUUACGGCCAUGCUGCGCUAUUCUGCACCCCGUAUCGUUAAUUUCUGGGGUGACAUGGGUGUUUUGGCGCUAAGGCAGGCUAUCGUUUUGUUCCCUGCAAAGCUUUCUCGCAAGUCAACGCAAAGAGCCAUGGUUGAGGACCUGCGAGAUAUACUUGCCAGGGAGAAACGCAUAAUCAUUUAGCCACUCGACAUUAUCACUUCUUGAUGUUUUAUUUGUGAACGGUCACUUUUUUGCAUCAUAUUAGCGAGCGAUUUUGCUGCACAUUUUUAAUUACAUGGCUUGCAUUUAACGCUACGUCAGACUGGCCGUCGACUCAGCCAAGAUCUACAAUCCACAUACAUACGCAUCUACUGUAUGUAGCCAUAUGAUUCCCCCUGGGUACCUCGCGACAAACCAUCAGCGCCUCAUCGCAUCGUCACAGGCGCAUUACGUCGCCCGCGAAUAUUCGACUUAUCAGGCACCCUGCUCAAACCGUUUAGCCAGAAUAACUUUUACGCUUUGCGUGGCCAAUUUUCUUGCGCUAGUCCAUUACCUUGGUGUAUAUUAUUAGAACCUGGGCUUCUUUCUUUUCGAUUCUCUUGUUGGUAUUUUCCUUCGGAGGAGUACGGUUAAUCCGCGGGGCGUUGGCCACUGAAUAUGAUUUUUCUGAUCAAGGGGGAAAUAUAAAUAUGUGGUGAAUUUAGUGCACCUUGAUAUUUUUUUUGUUUUUUAAUAGAGCAUCCAAUUUACUUCGUACCUUUUUUCAAGACCCUGCAUGGCAUUCAAGCUACAAAGCUAGGUGGUUACGUUGAUGGCAUGCCAUCCUAGCUUACAUAACUAAAGUAUCAAUCUUUAAAACCCAGCCUAUGGAUACUGAGACAAAUACCCCCGUAUGCGAGAAAGAAUAUGAUAUUCAUGUAGAUUUGCCGAUACUAAUCUCUAUGUAUGUAUAUCACAUUUACCGUACUGUAUACUCGAUGAAAGUCGAUGAGGUCAAUUCUAGCUAUUGCGAAAUAAUGUUAAGCUCGAUCAAGUGGGGAAAAGGAAAGCUAAAAUGGCGAAGGUUUGAGCCGCAUAGCUAUGGGUCCACAUGUCAAUGGGGAAGUACAACAUGCUUGUAGCGAAUAUACACGUCUAGAGAGUCUGGUAAAAACUAAGUAUUUCAAAUAGUUGGAUAAUAGAUAAGAGAAAACAAGUAUAGCUGGGGAGUAACCAUUCCAUAGUUGUAUGUACCAUAUCAGUUAGGACAGGUUUAUCCGUCAAUCCCUGCGUAUCAGAACUCCUUGAUAACAAGAUAGAAAUACCCACAACGGGCGUUGAGCAUUAUGACGGAUUUCAAAUGGGCUUACGGAAUGACUUUCGGACCAAAGCCCAUUCAGAAAAAGUGUACUAUGCCGAGCUUGAGUCUUGGAAAAGUACACCCCUGUAGUUAAAGAGCAGCAAGAGCUACAGACCAUCAAAAAGUAGUAUCGAUCCAUUGAAUCUGAGGUUAAUAAUGAGAGCCUGUUUGAAUUGACGCGGUUCAAAAACUAUAAAACAGACCUUGAGACCCACGAGAGGGUGUAUUCAACUAUCAUAAUACAACACGCGAGUUGUGACAGUUUCUUCCCUCGAAGACUACCAAAUAUUUAGCUAGCAAAAGGUUGGGAACUGAUGGUAUUUAGUACCUCUAGGUAUGUCCGUGUGCAGAAGAAAGUAUAGUGCCAUCUUAUUGGAUAGAGCGAGGUAGAUACCGUGAAGGAAGCACAUCUGGUGCCAAAUUCCUUGAGGAGGGUGAGUUGAACCAUUUUUUAGAGUGAGCGAAGUUGUUCUAGGGGACCCAAAGAAUGGUAUGGAACGCACAACUUCGAUUCGACAGAUUAUAUUGAUGGGUGGAUCAAGUUGAGAACAACCGAGAUUCUAUGGGUAUUGAUAGGCCCUUUUCUUUCGAAGCUGGCUUUGAUGUCUCUUGGUAGAAGAAUAUCCGGCUUUGAGCUCCUUUAUGCCCUGUUUACCAGGAAGAUAUUCGACUCACCAGCGCCCUCUAGAGUGGAAGGUAUUGUAGUGUCUGCCAGAGUACGGUCAGUAAUAUUAGGGGCUUCUCGAUCCCCCUAGAAAGACGACAAUAAGGACAGCAAGAAGGACAGCAACGAAGAAGACAGCGAUCAAUAAUUGUCAAGUAGCUUCAUGUUCUUUCAGGAGACGCAACAAUAGAAUACUGACGUAUAAAAAAUAAAGAAAUAAAUUUCAAUCUCGU